AUGGGAACAAAUCCGCCUUUGAGGAAUUUUCUUUCUGUUUUUCUUUUUAUUUUUAUUUUUUUACCGUGCCAUUUCUUUUCUUUUCAUCACUUUUUUCCCUACCUUCUUUUUUGUUUUUCUUUACUUUUCAGUCUUUAUCUUUCAUUUUCAUUCAGUCUUUCUCUUUCAUUUUUCAUUUUCAUUCAUUCUUUUUCUUUACUUUUUCAUUUUCAUUCAGUUUUUCUUUCAUUUUCGUUCAGUCUUUUUUCAUUUUUCACCUUCAUUAGGUAUUUUCUUUUUCAUAUUUCAUUUUCAUUCAGUCUUUUUUUCAUUUUCAUUCAGUCUUUUUCGUUCAUCUUCAUUCAGUCUCUUUUUCUUUCAUUUUUCAUUUUAAUUCAGUCUUUUUCGUUCAUUUUUCAUUUUCAUUCAGUCUUUUUCGUUCAUUUUCAUUCAGUCUUUUUAUUUCAUUUUCAUUCAGUGUUUUUCUUUCAUUUUUCAUUUUCAUUCAUUUUCAUUGUCGUUCAUUUUUCAUUUUCAUUUCGUCAUUUUCUUUCAUUUUCAUUCAGUCUUUUUCUUUCAUUUUUCAUUUUCAUUCAGUCUUUUUCUUUCAUUUUUCAUUUUCUUUCAUUUUCAUUGUUUUUUCUUUCAUUUUUCUCCUUGAUUCUUUCUAGUCCUUUCUCAUUUUUUCUCUCAUUUUUCUUUCAUUUUCCUUCUCACUUCAUUCUUUUCAUUUUUCUUUUUUUUAAUUAA